AAUAAAAUCAAGCAAAAGAAAAUUUUUCCAGAUCAGUUUCUUUUAAUUAAAAAAACUUACGAAACUUUAACAAAUACUGCAGGUAUGUGUCUGUGUGAAUUUAUGGUUAAAACACGUUUGUUCUUCAUUCAGUACAAUCCAGAAAUUUUCCUUCAUUAUAAAAUUACUCAAGUAAAGAAGUACUGCGUAGCAAAAUACUCCUAAGAGUACAAUUAAAAAAAAAGUUACCCAGGUAACUGUAAUUGAGUAAAUGUAACUAGUUACUACCAAACUCUGACUGUGAACGAAAUAGUUCGCCAAGUUUCUCAUUCGGAACGCUCACGUCGUGAUGCGUUCAAGAGCGUCGUAGAUCGCAGCCAGUCGUCGGACCGCAGCAGCAGCAUCGGCAGAAGCAGCAGCAUCCUCCAUUAAAGUGUUACUUCUCGGAUCCCAGCAUCUCCUUUCCCUUUUCUUGGACAACACCGCUCCCCUUAUUAGGAUGUUGGUACGCGGCGGGGGGUUGUUUGGGAGAGCUGAGGCCAGAGGACGCCGCCUCCGCGUAUUUUUUCUGGCGUGACUGGAAGGCAGCGGAGCGACAAUGGAUCUGGUUCCGAGGAGACAAAUCAAAUUCUGAUUUUUCUCUGGGAUUAGCUGGCUAACGCUAGCUCGGCUAGCCACCCCCUUAGCUCGGUGGCCGUUAUCUCCUCUUCCUCCUCUGACCGCUGUGCUGUUUUCCUCCGUGAUAAAAAAAGAACUCCUUAAUGCUUUUUUUAUUGACGUGAAGACAUGUUGGAGUCAUUCCUGCCAAGGAGAAACCAUCCUAGCGGUUUUCUAUCCGCCCAGCGGCGACGCUAGUUAGCCGUGUGCAUCAAUAACCUUCAUUUCCCCCUCCCACUCGUUUUUUAAAACCCUUUUUUAUUUUUCCUCUGGUGUAUCCGUGAAGAUGCUGGCAGAGAUGGAGUGUGUCUGACGGGGAAGCCGCUCCAUGAAGGUCAUGAUACUGAGAGAAUGAUCAUGCUGGAAAAACAGAGCUCGACGCAGGAGAUCGGCGAGGAGGCGGAGGAGGAUGCCAUCUUCACCAUCACCCUGAGGAAGAUGCAGCUCCACCAGUCGGCCAGCAAGGGGCAGCGUUGGCUGGGUGUGGACACGGACUCCGCCCUGAGCCUCUACGAGACGUGCAAGGUGCGGACUAUCAAGGCCGGCACGCUGGAGAGGCUGGUGGAGUACAUGGUAUCGGCCUUCAGGGGCAAAGACUCCACCUACGUCACCAUCUUCCUCUGCACCUACCGAUCCUUCGCCACCACCAAGCAGGUGCUGGAUCUCCUGCUCAACAGGUAUGCCAAACUCCAAAAUGUUCCUGCAGCUUCUGCACACAGAGUCUCCCAGGACGACUGCACGGAGCUGAGAAAUACCGUCUCGUCCAUCCUUGGCGCGUGGUUGGACCAGUACUCCGAGGAUUUCUGGAACCCUCCGAACUACGAAUGUCUGCACCAACUCCUGGCCUACCUCCACCUCCACUUCCCCGGCUCGGACCUGGAGCGCCGCGCCCGCAACCUGCUGGCCCACUUCCACCGCCGACAGCAGUGUGAGCCCGAUCCCGAUGGGGAACACAUCGGCUGCCCGUUCGCCACGCAGGAGGAGAGCGGCUUUGAGGACGAGCUUCCUGCUUUCAGCUUCCUGUCGUUUGACCCCAUCAUGGUGGCGGAGCAGUUCACGCUCAUGGACGCGGACCUGUUCAAGAAGGUGGUGCCGUACCACUGCCUGGGCGGCAUUUGGUCUCAGCGGGACAAGAAGGGCAAGGAGCACCUGGCUCCCACCAUCCGAGCCACUGUGGCCCAGUUCAACUCGGUGACCAACUGUGUGAUCACCACCUGCCUGAGCAACCCAGCGCUGAAGCCCAACCAGAGAGCCCGGCUCAUCGAGAGGUGGAUCGAUGUGGCGCGGGAAUGUCGGAUCCUGAAGAACUUCUCCUCUUUGCGAGCGAUCCUCUCUGCCCUGCAGUGCAACUCCAUCCACCGCCUGAAGAGGACCUGGGACGAAGUGGCUCGGGAAAGUGUCAGAACCUUCAGAGAGCUUUCCGAAAUCUUCUCAGACGACAAUAACUAUUCCUUGAGUCGAGAGCUGCUGGUGAAGGAGGGAACUUCAAAGUUUGCAACUUUAGAAAUCAACCCCAAACGAGCUCAAAGGAGACACCAGCAGCAGAGAGACUUGGGAGUCAUGCAGGGGACCAUUCCUUAUUUGGGAACAUUCCUAACGGACCUGGUGAUGAUGGACACUGCCAUGAAGGAUUACACAGAGGGUGGUCUGAUUAACUUCGAGAAGAGGAGAAAGGAGUUUGAGGUGAUCGCUCAGAUCAAACUUCUCCAGUUGGCCUCCAACAACUACAGCUUCACUCAGGAAAGCCACUUCAGAGAGUGGUUCGCAGCCGUGGAGAAACUCAGCGAGGCAGAAAGCUAUAAUCUGUCCUGUGAGAUCGAGCCUCUGUCAGAGUCGGCCAGCAACACGCUCAGAGCCAAGAAGAACGGCGGGAUCAUGAAACGAUGGAGCGACCGGCAGCUGACAGAGGCCGGCUGCAGCGGCGGCGCCAGCUCCCAUUCAAAGUCGUUCGAUCACUCCCACUACAGGCCGUACCAGGGGGGCGGCGGGGACAGCGGCGACGCCCUCAGCGUCACGUCCGUCAGCUCCAGCGGCUCCGACCUGGAGGACGUGAACACCAGCUUCCUGUCGGAUUCACCAGAGGGACACGAGAGGAAGACGUCGACUCCAUCGGUGAAACUCACCGUGUCUGCUUUGGGGAGAGAACCUCCAUCUGCAGACACGACCUCAACGUGUCCCCCUCAGUUCUGGGAAUGCACGUCUCUGUCCUCCCUGGACACGUCGGGGAUGGGAUCCAGCUCUGGCUCCGCCUCAGGCUCCAGCAGCACCUCCUCGUCCUCCGUCUCCUCCUCCACGCCGCUGUCCGCCUCGCGCUCGCACAAACGCUCGGUGUCGGCCGUGUCCAACUACUCGACGCUGUCGCUGCCGCUCUACAACCAGCAGGUGGACGACUGCUGCAUCAUCCGAGUCUCGCUGGACGUGGAGAACGGCAACAUGUACAAGAGCAUCCUGGUGACGAGUCAAGACAAAACUCCGGCGGUGAUCAGGAAGGCGAUGAUCAAACACAACCUGGAGCGGGAGAAAACCGAGGACUACGAGCUGAUGCAGAAGAUCUCAGAGGACAAAGAGCUCCGAAUCCCGGACAACGCCAAUGUCUUCUACGCCAUGAACUCCACUGCCAACUACGACUUUGUGCUGAAGAAGCGCGGCUCGGCACGGCCAGUGCGGGCCAAGAACGUGGCCAGUUCGACGCUGCCUCGCAUGAAACAGAAGGGACUGAAGAUCGCCAAAGGGAUUUUCUGAGACUCUUCAGGAGAGACGAACCGACCCGACCUGAAGCGUCCAGGUUUUGGUUUGGAUAGAGGCAGAGACGGGACCUUUCUGUGGCACUUUAGCACUUAACCGGAUGUGUUGCUUCUUCAGGACCCUCCUUAAAAAAUCUGAGUUUGUUUUCAUGAAAGCUGCAAACUCAGGAAAGUAGAAGGGGGAAAAAAAAACCUUCGCUUUGGACAAUACUUGGACUCUUCAUCACCCUCCGCCUGGUUCAGAUGAAACAUUCGAACCUCCUGAUGCGUCACAUUUUGUUUACAAGCGUUUACAUCUCAGCGUUGACGAGGGGAAUCUUUGCACCUCCACUUUUUAAUCCUGGGAUCAGACUUUUUUGCCAUCUUCCCAGAACCGUCGGAUCACUUAUAGAGAGAUUCGGUCGGGAUUUUACAGCAGAACGUGGAGGAAGAGACGCUCGUCUGAACGCUGCAGUGUUCACAAAAAAGAGAAAAUGGUGUCAAAAUCCAGUGAACACAGCCAUGAAUCCCACGCCUCUGUUUCCGUCUUUUAUUACCGGAUCAUAACCACUACAUGGUGGAGGCCGCUGCCGCUGCAGAGCGAUCACACUUCACACAGACUGAACAGUGUAAAUAUGAACAACCCAGUCUGUGCAGUAUAUUGUUCUGAAAAAGGACCCUGUGAUUUUUGUUAAUAGACUCAUGAUAUCAACACUUUUUAAUGUUUUUAUUUUGCUUUCUGUUUGUUUUUUUUGCACCUCGGAUACGGUGCUGUUUCUUCACAAUUUCCAAUUUCCCUUUCUUCCUCAUCCAGACCACCAUGAGGCGCCAUGUUGGAAAAAAAUAACCAGAAGCACCAGCUUUAAAAAAGUGAAUUUGGACUGAAAUAAAAAUAAACAAGUUUGAAAUUAUGGAAAGCCAGAAAUGUCAAAAAUAAGUAAAUAAAUAGAGAACAUAUUUUAACGCUUAAUCACUUAAAAUAUAAAGAAGUCUAUUUUAUUAUUUUAUUGAGUCAAUCCACUGUAGACCCAUAAUCAGCUUGUGUAUGGCCUUUUUAGCUCCACCAACUGGCUGAAUCAGAACUAUAAAAUAAUUGUAUUAAAAAGUUUAGUAAUUUCAAAAAUGUGGUCAUUUAAUUACUGAAGAGAUCAGUUUUCUUAAUUUUAACAUUUAUAUUUCUACUUGUACUUAAAUAGUCAUAUCUAAAUAUUUAACACCUUUUUCAUUUAUUGAAUGAAGGCCAUACAAAAUGCCAUUUUGUAUGGCCUUCCAUACAAAAUGCUUCCGUUACAGUGAAAUCUACAGAAAAGUUAAAUGAUUUUGGACAAACCUAAAAAUAGUGGAAAAAAAUAUGAAAAAAAUGUGUUAAGGAAAAGAAAUGCAACCAAAUUGACCUCAAUAUUUUCAUUCAAGAUUUCUGUUCUGCUUUCCAAUAUUCUAACAACUAUAAUGAUUUAAUAAGGUCAGCAAAAGAGAAAAGAUAUGUUAUAUUUCAAAAAAAAAAAUUUAAUGUGGAUCUAAAAUUUGCAUAAUUUAUUCAUCUUGAUAUUAUUGAUCUGAAUAAUCCAAAUUGGUGCGAAAACCCUGGAGAAACAUCAACAUAUCUUACAUUAACGAAAGAUGAUCAGGUUUAUUUUUUUUCCUGAGAGUCCUCAAACAUUGCCCAGGUUUUGUUUUAUUUCUUCCAACAUGGCGGCUCAAACUUUCAUAUCCGUUCAGUGACAACUUUCCAAAUGUGCUGCAGAUUUAUCCUGCAGGAUUAAAGCUUUGGUUUCUCUGAAUCCAGAUGAAUCGCUGUAUUUCCAUGUACGGAAACCUCAAAACGAUGCAACAUUUCAGCUGUUAGAUGAAUGUGAAUUCAAGAGGAGCGACGGUGACGGAAAAAUCCAAACUGACGCUCUUCUUUUUUGUGUUUUCCUCCUAU